CUCCAUCAAUCAAUCAUGUUCUUUACUACUUCCUUCAUGCUUUCAUAUAAAGGCUGAAAACUACUCAUCAAAAGGCUGCAUUUUAUGUUGAGAAGAGCCUUUCUGAAGUGAGUGCUAGGGUAUUGCCACAUGCUUCACCUCCAUGGGAAGCUACACUUUGUUGCCUUUGCUUCUUCUGCUAGACGCAGCAGUAGCUUGCAAAGUCAGGGAGAUGAUGUUGUUGUUCCUUACAGAGUGAGUGAUAAAGUAGCUGAAGGUGUAGCCUUGAGGAGGUUCUUAAGAAAUGCCACGUUGGUUCCGUUGAUCAGGUACCGUGCUGAGAUGUCUGUCUAUGACAAUGACGAGAAGGCAACUUUUGUGCUCCUUUGUGAUACUGGUCCUGAGCUAACAUGGAGGCAGGGGUCAAAGAUGAUUGACAAUUCUUUGAGGCCAGUGGGGACAUUGGGUGCUAACCAUGAGAUGCCAACUCUACAAUGUCUGGUGGAAGUCUCCAGCUACAACUUUACAGUUAAGAGGACCAUAACUGUGACAAAUGUUGUUUCUCCUGCAGUUCUGCCACCAUUUGUGGUAGCAGAAAACAACCCGACCCAAUCGAUGAAACAACACAUGCUCCUGGAGUAAUUCAAUUCUUCCAUAGAUGGAACCUGCAGGCUGCAGCUCAGGGUUUCAGCUCAGGUGCAUCUUUCUAGGAGAGGGGCAUGCAGGAGAAAGCUAAGCGCACGAGACGUAACUAAACCAGACACAAUCCAACAAUAAUCCUUGGUUGCUUGAUAGCAGUAUAGCACCAUUAUCAGUAUCUAUUUAAGCUGUUUGUUUUUUUCGAAGAUUUCUCUUUCUUUUUUUUUCCUUCCACCACUUUGCUUUCAUACAAAUGCUUUUCAUAGGAUUUUCUUUUGGUGUUGCAAAAAAAAAAAAAAACCUUUUCCCUUUUGUUUUUCUCCCAACAACUUUUCGAUUUUUAUUUGUAAAUACAGACACUUAAAUUAAUAUCAC